GGGCUGCCGCGGUGACUGUUCCGACGCCCCCGACCCCCCACCCCGAGGCGGCGGGAAGUGCCACCGGGCCUCCCGUGCAAUCACUACGCCCUGGGACCCGGAAACCGUUUUCCGGUCUUUCGCUUUCGGCUGGCGCGGAGCCUGGAGGCCGCGGUGCAGCGUAGGCUGGGCCGGGCGCAGGAACAGCCCCGUGGCGCCCUCCCUGGCCGCCGCCCAGGCGGAAAACGUCGUUCCGGGGACCUGGCGACCCCGCAGCGGGGAGCGCGCCAGGUCCGUGCGGGGAAGGGGGCGGUGUGCGGCCGGCACCGCCUCGCACCACGCCCCCGCGGGCCCGCACUUGCCCAGAGUGGACCCCGCGGCCGCCAGCCAGGGCGAUGGCGGGGCUCUGGCUGGGGCUUGUGUGGCAGAAGCUGCUGCUGUGGGGCGCGGCGAGUGCCGUGUCCCUGGCCGGCGCCAGUCUGGUCCUGAGCCUGCUGCAGAGGGUGGCGAACUACGCGCGGAAAUGGCAGCAGAUGCGACCCAUCCCCACGGUGGCCCGCGCCUACCCACUGGUGGGCCACGCGCUGCUGAUGAAGCGGGACGGGCGAGAAUUUUUUCAGCAGAUCAUUAAAUACACAGAGGAAUACCGCCACAUGCCACUGCUGAAGCUCUGGGUGGGGCCAGUGCCCAUGGUGGCCCUUUACAGUGCAGAAAAUGUGGAGGUAAUUUUAACUAGUUCAAAGCAAAUUGACAAAUCCUCUAUGUACAAGUUUUUGGAACCAUGGCUUGGCCUAGGACUUCUUACAAGUACUGGAAACAAAUGGCGCUCCAGGAGAAAGAUGUUAACGCCCACUUUCCAUUUUACCAUUCUGGAAGAUUUCUUAGAUAUCAUGAAUGAACAAGCAAAUAUAUUGGUUAAGAAACUGGAAAAACACGUUAACCAAGAAGCAUUUAACUGCUUUUUUUACAUCACUCUUUGUGCCUUAGAUAUCAUCUGUGAAACAGCUAUGGGGAAUAAUAUUGGUGCUCAAAGUAAUGAUGAUUCCGAGUAUGUCCGUGCAGUUUAUAGAAUGAGUGAGAUGAUAUUUCAAAGAAUAAAGAUGCCCUGGCUUUGGCUUGAUCUCUGUUACCGUAUGUUUAAAGAAGGAUGGGAACACAAAAAGAGCCUUAAGAUCCUACAUACUUUUACCAACAAUGUCAUCGCUGAACGGGCCAAUGAAAUGAACGCAGAUGAAGACUGUAGAGGUGAUGGCAGGGGCUCCGCUCUCUCCAAAAAUAAACGCAGGGCCUUUCUUGACUUGCUUUUAAGUGUGACUGAUGACGAAGGGAACAGGCUAAGUCAUGAAGAUAUUCGAGAAGAAGUUGACACCUUCAUGUUUGAGGGGCACGACACAACUGCAGCUGCAAUAAACUGGUCCUUAUACCUGUUGGGUUCCAACCCAGAAGUCCAGAAAAAAGUGGAUCAGGAAUUGGAUGACGUGUUUGUUCUGGACACCCGAGUCAAAGAUCAGUGUCAUUGAGCCCACAUCACCAUGUGGGCAGGGCUGUGCCCCACUGGGAAAAUAUCCAUUCCUCACCUCUUCAGCUUCCAGUG